CUCGUUCAAGUUUAUAUAUAUAUUAGAGGUGUGCUUCUUGUGGUAACAGUAUGAAAAUGCUUUAUUUCAGAAGUUAGGUUCUGACAACAAAGACAAGAUGGACAAAAAAAUACUUUUUAUCUAUCCUUAGAAAUGGGUGGGAACAUGAUAAGGGACUUUUAUCCUCUUUCCUUCUUUGGGUGAAAUAGGAAUGCAGUGUGGGUGAGGACACCCCAAAGAGGAAUUGUUUAGAAGAAAAAGUUAACCAAGUCUGGCCUAGACCAGUGCAAAUUGGUAAAAAGAAAUUGGAAGCUUUUAUGAUCAUUGAUAGUAUAAUAUUGAAAUAGAAUUAGUGACUUUAUUUUACCUUUAUCCACCAUUUUGUGAAGUUAAGUCUCUAAAACGUCAUCUGAGUUUGGAGAAAUCAUAAGAUUACUACUCCCCCCUCUCAAGAGUCACCCAACUUUAAAAAUGUUAGAAAAUAGUCCCCUUUUCCUUAUCUCCUCAGCAUGUCCUGAUUGGGUCCAAUCUCCUCCAGUUAACUUUCACCUUCACUCAGCUGCCCUCCUCCAAUAAGAAACUAGAUUUUUUAACCCUUUCAUCCUGAACAUAGAGACUUGGUUUUGUUAUUAGCUAGCAGCAUAUAGAUAAUACAACUAUUCUCUUUCUUCUCAUUUAUUAUUCACUAAUUACAAGAAGUCUAAAAACACCUACAUAAUACUCUCAGUAUAAGAAUAGCUAUUGUAGAGCCCUAAGUUUUAUAAAAGGGUUUUCUUCUCAGUAACUCUUUAAGUUAAAUAAUUUGUUUUCUUAACCCAGUUUUAUAGAUGAGAAAAAUGAGACUGUUUUCUGUGAUCAUAUAGCCAAGAAGUAUCACAUAGCUAAAAGGAGACUCUAAACCAUGAUCUUCUAAAAUCUGGACAACUAUGUUCUUAUUAAUGUACCCUGCUGCCUUCCGCCAUCAUAUGAACUAAUAAACAUUUAAUAUAUCUAUUCUAUAGCAAGUUUUAUGCCAGUCACUGAGCAUAUGGCUACAAAGUGAGACAAUUCCUGCCCCAAAGCAGUUUAUCUUCUACUGAAGAGGAAGGGAUAGAUACGGUUGAAUAAAUAGAAGUACAGAGUGAAUGAGGGCACAAACUAUGGGAUUUAGAAAACAUCUCUUGAAGCAGGUGGUAUUUAAGUUGAACCUAGGAUGUAGCUAAAGAUUCCAAGAGACAGAAAUGAGGAAGGCAAGGGAAACUGUCUAGGCACCAGCAUAUAAAAGAUGUAGGGAGCACCAUUUGGAAGAUUGACUAUUGUAGAAGAAUGGGAAAUAGUCUGGUUUGGUUUUAAUGUAAAAUGUAUGAAGGGAAAUAAUGUGUAAUGAAUCUGGAAAGAAAGGUUAGUGCCAGUUUAUGAACUGGCCUUUAUAUUUUUACUAGAAUCAGGGGAGCAACUUAACUUUCUUGGGCAGGGAAGUGAGAAUGGCAGGCCAAGUUAUUUAAAACACCGAUGUGGCAACUGUAUGGAGGAUGGAUUGGAGAAAGGAGAAACUGGAUACAGGGUGAUUAUGAAAGCCUGGACAAGGAUAGUAGCCAUAUUUAUUGAGAAAGGUACAGAUCUUGAGAGAUAUAUGCAGGUAAAUUGACAAAACUUUGCAAUUGGUUGAUUCUAGAGGAUGAGUGAAAGUAAAAAGUAAAGGCUGACUCCUUGUUUGUAAACUUAGGUUAUUAAAAGACUAGUAGUGCCUUUAAUAAAAAUAGAAAAUUUAGGAGGAAGGGCAGGUUUAUCAGGAGAAUUGAGUUCUGUUUUGGUCUUGUUGAGUUUGAGAUGCUUAUAGGACAUUCAGGUGUAAAUGCCCAGCAGGAAGUUGGUGACAGGAGACUGGAGCUCCUAAGAGUGAUGAAUACUGGAUAUGUAGAUCUGGGAAUCAUCUGCAUAGAGAUGAUAGUUGUAUCCAUGGGAGCUGAUGAUAUCACCAAGAGAAUGUGAAGAGAGAGAGAAUGUGAAGAGAGGAGAGGGUCCACAAUAGAGUCUGAUAUAAACCCAUGUUUAUUGGAUAGGACAUAGAUGAUGUUGGUGGAAAGGGGAUGGAUGAUAAUAAAUCAGGCAGAGUACCAGGAGAUAGCAGUGUCAGAAAAACCCAGGUUGCGCAACAGUGAUGACACAAGACUGACUACAUUCAUCACAAUCCUGCAAUUCCACUGAGAGAGAACUCCUGAUAUGGAGUCUGGGGAGCGGUUAACAUCAACGACGGCCUCCUCUACUGUACCUACUUCAUCUUCUACAUCUUCUCCACCUUCUGUAGCUUCAGCAGUUUCCAAAGGCAGUCUUUCCUCUGGAGCUGCCUCACUCAGCUCCACAAUCAACACGUGUGGACAUUUAUUCAGAGCAGCUGGGGAUCAACCGUUUAACCUGUCCACAGUGUCGAGUGCCUUCCCAAUGGUCAGCCACCCAGUCUUUGGUCUACAUACAGCCAGCUCAGGGCAUUCAGAAUUUGGUGGUUUGGGGACACUUGGUACCCCUACAGCCUUAGCAGCACAUCCCCAACUAGCACCUUUUCCAGGUGCAGAAUGGUGGCGAACAGCAGAUGUACAUGCUCGAUCAGGGGCAACCUUCUUCUCACCACUCCUGGGGAUUCCACCACUGUUUGCUUCUUCAGCUCAGAAUCAUGAUUCAUCUUCAUUCCAUUCAAGGAAUGCAGGAAAAAAUAAUCGAGGUGGUCUGGAAAAAGGUGUAAAUGGGUCAGUAAAUGGCAACAGUCCAUCGCCUGUGUCUGGCAUCAGUACAUCUGUCUUAGCUGCUACUGCUUCAAGUUCCACUGGACAAACAAAAGCAAUGACUCCAGGAGGAAGUCGCAAAUGUAAUCAAGAUCAAACAAAAAAUCAGCUUUUGGAUGCCAGAGCUGACAAAAUCAAAGAUAAGAAACCAAGAAAGAAAGCCAUGGAAAGUUCAAGUAACAGUGACAGUGACUCAGGCACAUCCUCCGACACCUCAAGUGAAGGUAUCAGUAGCAGUGAUUCAGAUGAUUUAGAGGAAGAUGAAGAGGAAGAAGAAGACCAAACUGUUGAAGAAAGUGAAGAUGAUGAUUCUGAUUCAGAAAGCGAAGCACAACAUAAAAAUAAAACCAAGGUGCUAUUGCAUGGUAUCAUGGACCUGAAACCAGAUGGACAAAAAGCAACUGAAAAGUCCCAAGAAAAAAGAAUACACCAGCCAAUACCUCUUGUGUCUGAAUCUCAGACUCACUCAUCAUUCCAAUCCCAGCAGAAGCAACCUCAGGUUUUGUCACAGCAGCUUCCCUUUAUUUUCCAAAGCUCUCAGGCAAAGGAGGAAUCUGUGAACAAACACACAAGUGUAAUACAGUCUACGGGAUUGGUGUCCAAUGUGAAACCUUUGUCUUUGGUCAAUCAAGCCAAAAAGGAAACUUACAUGAAACUCGUAGUUCCUUCUCCUGAUAUACCCAAAGCAGGGAAUAAAAAUACCUCUGAAGAAUCUAGCCCUUUGACCAGUGAAUUGAGAUCCAAACGGGAACAAUUCAAACAGACAUUCCCAGCACAGAUAAAGAAACAAGAAUCAUCUAAAAGCCUGAAGAAGGUUAUUGCAGCUUUGUCAAGUCCAAAAGCAAUCUCUAGCUCACCAGCUCAUCCCAAACAAACAACAUUAGAAAAUAACCACUCUAAUCCAUUCUUGACAAAUGCACUUUUAGGUAAUCACCAACCAAAUGGAGUUAUUCAAAGUGUCAUCCAAGAAGCUCCUUUAGCACUUACCACCAAAACUAAAACACAAAGCAAGAUAAAUGAAAAUGUACCUACUUCAAGUAAUAUCCCUUUUUCUUCACCUGUAAAUUUAAGUACAUGUGGGAGAAAAACAUCGGGCAAUCGGACCCCUGUCAUGUCCUCUAGCUCUCCUGUACUGCAUGGUCCAGGGAAGGAAAAAUCAGUCAGCAAUAAUGUUAUAACCACAGUCAAUCCACAGCAUCACCUUCCUUCUGCAAAAUCCAUAGUGGAACAGUUUAGAGGAACAGAUUCAGACAUUCCAAGUAGUAAAGACUCCGAUGACUCAAAUGAUGAGGAUGAUGAGGAUGAUGAGGAUGAAGAGGAUGAUGAUGAAGAUGAUGAAGAUGAUGAUUCUGAUGACAGCCAAUCAGAAUCAGAUAGUAAUUCUGAAUCUGAUACAGAAGGAUCAGAAGAUGAUGAUGACGAGGAUGAUAAGGAUCAAGAUGAAUCAGAUAGUGAUACUGAAGGAGAGAAACCUCCAAUGCAAUUGAAUAAAACAGCUUCCUCUGUCAAAAGCUCUUCCAUCAGUCUCACAGCUCAUUCAACACCACUUAAUCUCCAAGUAGCCAAAACUCCAGGCUCUGCUCCUGCUGCCUUAUGUCCUGAAUCCCAGUCACCUGUUUUCCUCAGCACUCCUUCUUCUACGCUUACUUCAAGUCCACACUGUGGUACUUCCAAAAGGAGGAGAGUAACAGAUGAGCGGGAAGUGCGCAUUCCUUUGGAAUAUGGCUGGCAAAGAGAGACACGAAUAAGGAACUUUGGAGGGCGUCUACAAGGAGAAGUAGCAUAUUACGCUCCAUGUGGAAAGAAACUUAGACAGUAUCCUGAAGUAAUAAAGUAUCUCAGCAGAAAUGGAAUAAUGGAUAUCUCAAGGGACAAUUUCAGCUUCAGUGCAAAAAUAAGAGUGGGUGACUUCUAUGAAGCCAGAGAUGGACCGCAGGGAAUGCAGUGGUGUCUUCUGAAGGAAGAGGAAGUCAUCCCCCGAAUCAGGGCAAUGGAAGGUCGUAGAGGACGACCACCCAAUCCAGAUAGACAGCGUGCUAGAGAGGAAUCCAGAAUGAGACGGCGCAAAGGUCGACCUCCAAAUGUUGGCAGCAGUGAAUUUCUUGAAAACACAGAUGCCAAACUCUUAAGGAAGCUGCAAGCCCAAGGAGAACUUAUGGUUUAUGACAAACACCAAGAAGAAUUGACAAGAGAUGUGUCAAUUAACCAUGAAAAGAGCCGGAGAUCCUUUCACACAGGAAUCGGCAAAAAGGGAGGAGGAUUCCAAGGAGUUAAAAUAGCAAGACAGGCAGCACAAAUAAAGCUUUUGAGGAAACUUCAGAAGCAGGAACAAGCUCGAGUUGCCAAAGAGGCAAAGAAGCAACAAGCAAUAAUGGCCGCUGAAGAAAAACGAAAGCAAAAGGAACAGAUAAAGAUAAUGAAACAACAGGAGAAAAUUAAGAGAAUACAGCAAAUCAGAAUGGAAAAAGAACUUCGAGCCCAGCAAAUUCUAGAGGCUAAAAAGAAAAAGAAGGAAGAAGCGGCAAAUGCCAAAUUAUUGGAGGCCGAGAAACGAAUAAAGGAAAAAGAAAUGAGAAGACAACAAGCUGUUCUUUUGAAGCAUCAGGAGUUGGAGAGGCAUAGACUAGAUAUGGUAUGGGAAAGAGAGCGACGAAGACAACAUAUGAUGCUCAUGAAAGCUAUGGAAGCUCGUAAAAAAGCAGAAGAAAAAGAAAGACUGAAGCAAGAAAAACGUGAUGAAAAAAGGUUAAAUAAAGAACGCAAACUAGAACAACGAAGAUUAGAAUUAGAAAUGGCAAAGGAACUAAAGAAGCCUAAUGAAGAUAUGUGCUUAGCAGACCAAAAGCCUUUGCCAGAAUUACCGCGCAUCCCAGGACUUGUUCUCUCUGGAAGUACAUUUUCAGAUUGUCUCAUGGUGGUACAGUUUUUAAGAAAUUUUGGUAAAGUUCUAGGCUUCGACGUGAACAUUGACGUCCCAAACCUGAGUGUUCUUCAAGAGGGAUUGCUCAAUAUAGGAGACAGCAUGGGUGAAGUACAGGACUUACUUGUAAGGCUUCUCUCUGCUGCUGUCUGUGAUCCAGGUCUAAUAACAGGAUAUAAGGCCAAAACAACUCUUGGGGAACACUUAUUGAAUGUUGGUGUCAACCGGGACAAUGUUUCUGAGAUCUUGCAGAUUUUUAUGGAAGCCCAUUGUGGACAAACUGAACUUACAGAAAGCCUAAAAACAAAAGCUUUUCAAGCACAUACUCCUGCUCAGAAAGCAUCAGUACUUGCUUUUCUCAUUAAUGAACUAGCUUGUAGCAAGAGUGUUGUAAGUGAAAUUGAUAAAAAUAUUGAUUAUAUGUCAAACUUAAGAAGAGAUAAAUGGAUGGUAGAAGGUAAACUUCGCAAACUCAGAAUCAUUCAUGCUAAGAAGACAGGAAAAAGAGACACCACAGGUGGAGGUGAACUUGGAGAAGAACCACAUUCUUUGGGUACACCUACUACAGGACGCAAACGAAGAAGGAAAGGGGCAGAUAGUGACUAUGAUGAUGAUGAUGAUGAUGAUAGUGAUGACCAAGCUGAUGAAGAGGAUGAAGAUGAAGAAGAUAAAGAUGACAAAAAGGGAAAGAAAAUAGAUAUUUGUGAUGAUGAGGAUGAUGGUGAUCAAGCAGCAAGUGUUGAAGAGCUAGAGAAACAGAUUGAAAAACUGACUAAACAACAGAGUCAGUACAGAAGAAAGCUUUUUGAUGCUUCUCACUCUUUACGGUCAAUGAUGUUUGGCCAAGAUCGUUAUCGACGCCGAUACUGGAUUCUUCCCCAGUGUGGGGGUAUUUUUGUAGAAGGCAUGGAAAGUGGUGAAGGUCUAGAAGAAAUUGCAAAAGAGAAAGAAAAAUUGAAAAAAGCUGAAAUUAUACAAAUCAAAGAAGAAAUGUAUGAGACCUCUGAUGAUACAUUAAAAUGUCUAAAUACAGGCCAUUGUGAGCAAAAAGAAGAUCUGAAGGAAAAAGACAACACUAAUUUAUUUCUCCAAAAACCUGGCUCUUUCUCCAAAUUAAGCAAAUUAUUAGAAGUAGCUAAAAUGCCUCCUGAUUCAGAUAUUAUAAACCCCAAAACGAAUGGUGGUGCAGCCAAUGGAUGCACAUUAUCUUACCAAAAUGGUGCAAAAAAUUCUCUCUGCAGCCUUCAACCAGCAGUAUCACAAAACAACAAAGAAAAGGCAGAUUCUAAUUUAUUUAAUCCAGUCUCCAGUAGUCAAGGGAAGUUUUACAACCCUCCAUUAAUUGCCAAUGACCAACUAUUAAAAACCCUGACAGAAAAGAACAGACAGUGGUUCAGUCUUUUACCCAGAAUGCCCUGUGAUGACACUUCCCUUACCCAUGCAGAUGGAUCUGCUGCUGCUUCAUUAACUCCUCAUUCUCAGCCUCCUUCUAAAUCACCUUCACCUGUUCCAUCACCCCUUCUUGGGUCUUCCUCUACACAGAAUACAAUGGGCCUUAAUCCAUUUGCUUUAUCACCACUUCAGAUGAAGAGUGGAUUACCUAUAAUGGGACUUCAGUUUUGUGGAUGGCCAACAGGAGUUCUCACUUCAAAUGUUCCCUUUACAUCUCCUUUACCUAGUCUGGGAUCAGGGUUGGGAUUGUCAGAAGGAAAUGGUAAUUCAUUCUUGACCCCAAAUGUUUCUUCAUGUAAAAGUGAAUCACCAGUGCCACAGAAUGAAAAGGCAUCUUCGUCUGUCCCUGGAACAGUUGAAGUAGCAAAACCAGUAGAUUUUCCUAGUCCCAAACCCAUUCCAGAAGAAAUGCAGUUUGGUUGGUGGAGAAUUAUUGACCCAGAGGACCUAAAAGCUUUGCUUAAAGUGCUACAUCUCAGGGGGAUAAGGGAAAAGGCAUUGCAGAAGCAAAUACAGAAACAUUUGGAUUAUAUUACUCAGGCCUGCAUCAAAAAUAAGGAUGUCGCUAUUAUUGAAAUAAAUGAAAAUGAAGAAAACCAAGUAACUCGAGAUAUUGUAGAAAACUGGUCGGUGGAUGAGCAAGCAAUGGAGAUGGACUUGACUAUUCUUCAGCAGGUAGAAGAUUUAGAAAGGAGAGUUGCAUCAGCAAGUUUACAAGUGAAGGGUUGGAUGUGUCCAGAGCCUGCAUCAGAAAGGGAAGACUUGGUAUAUUUUGAGCAUAAGUCAGUUACUAAAUUGUGCAAGGAGCAUGAUGGAGAGUAUACUAGAGGAGAAGAAAGCAGUGCCAGCCCUCUAGAACGGAAGAGUGACAACCCUCUAGAUAUAGCUGUAACCAGGCUGGCUGAUUUGGAGCGGAACAUAGAGCGAAGGUAUCUGAAGAGCCCCUUAAGUACCACCAUUCAGAUCAAACUGGAUAAUGUGGGCACAGUUACUGUCCCUGCUCCUGCACCAUCCAUUAGUGGUGAUGGUGACGGAAUUGAAGAGGAUAUUGCUCCAGGGCUCAGGGUAUGGAGAAGGGCAUUAUCAGAAGCUCGCAGUGCUGCACAGGUAGCUCUGUGCAUUCAGCAGUUACAGAAAUCAAUAGCAUGGGAAAAAUCAAUUAUGAAAGUUUACUGCCAGAUUUGCCGAAAGGGAGAUAAUGAAGAACUGCUGCUGCUUUGUGAUGGCUGUGACAAAGGCUGCCAUACUUAUUGCCAUAGGCCCAAGAUUACUACCAUACCAGAUGGGGACUGGUUUUGUCCAGCUUGCAUUGCUAAGGCAAGUGGUCAAACUCUAAAAAUCAAAAAACUUACUAUCAAAGGAAAAAAGAGUAAUGAACAAAAGAAAGGGAGGAAAUUAUCUCUAACAGGUGAUACUGAAGAUGAAGAUUCAGCAACCACAAGUAGUUCACAAAAGAAAGGAAAUAAAGACCCCAAGAAAAGAAAAAUGGAGGAAAAUGUCUCAAUAAACUUGUUAAAACAAGAAAGUUUUACUUCUAUUAAGAAACCUAAAAGAGAUGAUUCCAAGGACCUGGCUUUAUGCAGCAUGAUCCUGACUGAAAUGGAAACUCAUGAGGAUGCAUGGCCUUUUCUACUUCCUGUAAACUUGAAACUUGUUCCUGGUUAUAAGAAGGUUAUUAAAAAACCAAUGGAUUUUUCUACCAUUAGAGAAAAACUAAGUAGUGGACAGUACUCUAACCUCGAAACUUUUGCUCUAGAUGUCAGGCUUGUUUUUGACAACUGUGAAACCUUUAAUGAAGAUGAUUCUGACAUAGGCAGAGCUGGCCACAACAUGAGGAAGUAUUUUGAAAAAAAAUGGACAGAUACUUUCAAAGUGAGCUGAAGUUAUCAGAACUAUUCUUCCCCCUUUAAACAGGACAGAUGAGACCAGCAAUGUGAACUGUAUUUACAUAAAAGUGCAAGGCACAUACAUAAGACUUUUUUUUCCCUUAAGUAUCAGAAAAGUGAUACUACUUCUAAAGGCUUCACUCCUACAGCAACCAUGGCCCUUGGUUAUUGGUUUGUAUGUUUUAUCAACUAAUUUAGGUAGAACAGGGAAGCACACCCAAAGAAUUUUCAAAGAGAGGGGUGUUAUAGUGCAAUAGCAAUGAAAAUAUAUCAAAACGCACUGAAUAUUCAACCACCAGAGCUCUACUUGGGAAAUGGUUUUCCUUUCCCACUCAAUAAAUAUCUAUUUUUCAUUUUUUUACUUUGUAGUUUAUUUUUUAGUGAAUGUAUUUAAUUUUAUGAAUUAUUUAUGAUUAAACUGCAUCCAGAAUCUUCGUUUUCUGUGAAAAGGAAGAAUUAGAAAAUUGCUUUAAAUCUUGAAAAUACAACAAGGAAUGUUUUAAAAUAUAAAACAAAGCCAAGUAAAACUGUUUACACUGAUGUGCUAUAAAAGCACUAAAAAUUAAACUUUACUGUAGAGUAACAAGUACAUUUAUAUAUAUGUUGCUGCAUCACUUGUGUAGUUAAAUUGUAUUUCAAGACAGUGAAGAAAAAUUGACAUGUAUAUACUGUUCAUUAUUGUUUAUAUUAAGUAUUGUUUUAAAUAUGUAUGAUGUGUACAUAUUGUUUGCAGACAUUAUUGUUUAUGCCUUAGAAGGAUUGUAGCAUUUUAUUUUAGUCUUAAGGUAAUUAAUUAUAGCUAUACAGCUUGUACAGUAAUUAUCCUCUACCAACACUGUGGAGUCUCCUUAAUCUUGGUAGUGCCUGCCUUUGAAACAGGGUGUAGGGGAUAUUAGUUUUCCAUUUUUUUCUAUUUUGUUAUAUAAUUUCAAGCCACCAGGGCCUCAAAUUCAAGUAUAUAAUCAUUUGUAUCCAUGUGGAAUAAAAUUGUGACAAUUUCCUACGCACACAGUAUUUUUUCAUAGAAACAUUUCCCUCCCAUUUGCCUUGCCACAAAAAUAAAUUUAAAAAAAAAAAAAAAAAAAAAAAAAAAAAAAGGACAUUUGUAACCACUGUGUUUUAUCUACUGUGUGUUGUGGUGGCCUGUUGGAGGCAGAUAGAUCAGAAUUUUUUUUGUACCUAUGUAAGAGUACUUGAAGUUUUAUUUAAAAUAAAAUGUUGUGGAAAAGGUAGCAAUCUUUUUUCCCCCUUUUUUUUAGGAGUGUUAUUUUUCACUAGUAUGUGUGGCACGGAUACAAUAAAAGACUUUUACAAACUA